CAGUCAAGAAACAAAACAGAGUAAAAUCGUGCUUCCUGCAAGCAGCUCUUAAGUGCCUCACUAUGCUUCCCGUUAUUGGUUUGUCGCUGUGAAAUUUAAUGUGAUGCUACUAACAUAUCUGUCUCCGUUUUUUAUAUAUUUUGUGAGUUUCAAAUUCAGUUGAAACUAAGCUGAGGUCACCCUGAUUUAUUAGACCAUUUUACCUCACAGCUGGUUAACUUAAGGUGCAUGGCUAUGUUCCCUUCAAAAGUAAAACAUCUACAGAGGCUGCUACAGUUUAGACACACACUUUGGUGCAAUCCUUCAUUUGGAAAAGCCUCCUGCUCCAGACUGGUUUUGGGCAUCGAGACAAGCUGUGAUGACACUGGAGCUGCUGUGUUGGAUGAGACAGGUGCAAUACUGGGAGAGUCUCUGCACUCACAGACACAAGUACAUCUGAGGACCGGUGGCAUCAUUCCCACAGUGGCACAGCAGCUCCACAGGGAAAACAUCGAGCGUGUAGUCCAGGAGGCUUUGGAGAGGAGCGGCGUGGUCCCGAGCCAGCUGUCAGCCGUGGCCACCACAGUGAAGCCGGGUUUGGGCCUGAGCCUGGGCAUCGGUCUCGAGUUCAGUCAGAGGUUUGUGAGGACGCACAACAAGCCCUUCAUCCCAAUCCACCACAUGGAAGCCCAUGCCCUGACCGUCAGGAUGCUUCAGCCCGUCGCCUUCCCCUUCCUGGUGCUGCUGGUUUCUGGCGGUCACUCACUUCUCGCCGUGGCUCGAGGAGUCGACGACUUUCUGCUUCUGGGUCACAAUCUGGACGAAGCUCCAGGGGAUACGCUGGAUAAAGUGGCGAGACGUUUGUCCCUCAUAAAACACCCGCGGUGCUCCACGCUGAGCGGAGGACGAGCUAUAGAGCUUCUGGCAAAGGACGGUGACAGGGCGAGGUUUCCUUUCAGGACUCCUAUGGGACAAACUUAUGACUGCUGCUUUUCUUUUGCUGGACUACGGAAUCAAAUUACAAUGACAAUAAAGAAAAAAGAGGCAGAGGAAGGUAUAGAACAGGGGACGCUGUUGUCGUGUGUGAACGACAUCGCGGCUGCCACACAGCACACGGUCGCUUCUCAUCUUGCAAAGCGCACACAUCGAGCCAUCUUGUUCUGCAAGGCGAAUGGCCUGCUGCCGUCACACAGUCCCACCUUGGUGCUGUCUGGAGGAGUUGCAAGCAAUCAGUACAUCCGCAAGGCCUUGACCAUCAUCACAGAGACGACAGGCCUGCGUCUGCUCUGUCCUCCGGCCAAAUUCUGCACAGACAACGGCGUGAUGAUUGCGUGGAACGGCGUGGAGCGUCUGAGAGAAGGGAAGGGGAUACUGCCUCCGGAUGUGGACGUAAGCUACGAGCCGAAGGCGCCGCUGGGUGUCGACAUGACAGAGGAGGUGAAAGCAGCAGCGAUCAAGUUACCGUCUGUGAAGAUGAAGAUCCUCAACUGACAGACUAAAAAUAAUGUUUUGUCACUAAGGAUUUUUCCCAAAUAAUAGUAUAUACUGUGUAUAUAUUUGAUAAACUAUGUAUAAAAGACCAUUACACAGAUAUUUAUUAAUAAAUGUGUUUU